CGCUGGAAAACGAAAGCGAGGCUGCUCCAAAGUGGCAAACCGUCAUGGCCGACCUGUUGCACGAGCUGUGCGCGAACGAGAAAUCGGGAAACGAGACCGUACUGCUGGCAGCCCAUGCUUACCUAUCGCUUCGACGAGCACUGGAGCCUGCGACCGACUUCGAGAUGGUUCUGAGCAGCUACUUGGAUUUGAACUCCAGCCAGAUAAUCGACUUCAAAAGGAUCUUCCUCGUUAACAACGUCGAGCUGUUUAGGCUGACAAUAAGCCAUGGAUUUCUGCAAGCCAACAUCCGCGCCAACGUGCACCAGUUUCAAGUGUACCGCUCGAUAUUGAAGAUCGUCCAGCCUCACUGCAUCAGCUACACUCAUUACACGUACUUCGCUUUCAAAAUCCUUCAGAUGUGGAUGCUGAGGUCGUCGGCGGUGGGUCUCUGGUCGGGAGACAGCACGGAGUUCGAGGCAGUGCUCGAGCCGUUAUUGUUCUCCAACUGGGACAACGCGAUCUGCAAGCAGAACGUCGUCGGUCUGUUCUCUGCCUACCUGGCCGUCGUCAAGGACAAGCACGAAGAUUACCUGCCUUACCUGUUUCACAGCUGUGUCGAGAGGAUAUCGUGGUGUCACGUCACCAAGUACACGAUACUCGCGGAAAUCUGCAGUGCCAUGGACUGCGUGCAGCUAAUCACCGAGGCCAAAUUUGUUUCGAAUUUAUUCAACAGUCUGACCGUCAGUCACUUGUGCAACGCCAGCACUAAGGUUUACUCGGUCAUUAGCAACAAGUUAUCGAUGAACGUGUGGCAAGCAGUAUUUGGCGACCAGCUCAAGAAUUACGUUACGACUUGGGAGGCCGAAAAAAAGUAUAGCAGCCUGCAGGUGUUGUGCAAACGCUGGAUCGAACCCAUAAUAAAGAUCCACCGAGAAAUUCUGCCGUUCCUCCUGGAGUGCUGUGACGAACAGAGCGUACUGUUUCGAUCGCACUUGCUGCGGAUCGCGAAAAAGUGCGGCAUAGUACUUCCACGUGAACACCAAAAAGAUGACGUUGACUUAAGGCUUCUAAACCACGAGGAAGAGUCCGUAAGACUGAAUGCGUUUGCAGCGCAUUGCUAUGCUGUGGGAGCAGUGAGCCUUCAAACGGACUUGGUAGAAAACUUUGCAGUGUCCGCGGUCAAGCAUUUCUUGUUCAGCAACGCGACAGCUUCAACGACGUAUCUGAGAGAGGGAAGCUUCAAUUACUUCAAGAUAUUUUUAUCCAACUUGCUUAGACAAGCCUGCUUGCGAAAGGACUCAACCGAAGCCGUCUCCUUUUUGGAGUGGCUGCACGAGUUCGAGCUCGAUUGUGUCGAAAUUGGUUCCUGCUACCAGCGCAAGAUUUUCGGGCUGCAACUGUACAAGAUCACACUGCAAUUUUUACAGAGUAACGAUUGCACGGAUCCCAUUGUGCUGAAGGAUCCGCAUUUUAGGGAGGCUAUCAAGUACGGGCCACUGUUGAAAAAGGAGAUGGAGGAUCGCCAGAAGUGGAAGUUUACCUGUAAGAAGAGCGUCGUUUUGCUUUUUAAGCUCGUUUUAGAUCCUGCAUCCGAUGUUAGAGGGUGCGCGACUUCGAUUAUCAUUGACUUUUUUGAUGCGAGCGUUAUCACAGAUUCAGAAAAAAAGAUACUUUUUGUAACAGCCCUAAACAAGUGUAAUUCGCAUAAAUUUUUCGAAACGGAGAGCGGCGCUUAUCUGUUUAAAAUUUUGACUGUGUGGUACCCCCUAAGCAAAAUCAACGCAGACAGCUUGAAAUUCGAAGAGAAUUGCAAACCGCACUCUCCAAUAAGAGAAUUUUACAGCUACACGAGAUUUUUGCUCAAAGAAGCGAUGCAGCAGUUGAUUCUGGCGAAAAAAGAUAUUUUAAAGGCUGCCACGCAAAAUGCACCGUUUUAUGGAAUCGUUUGUGCCCUCCUGAUGAUCGGACUUGACAAUGGACCAGAGUGCCAUUUCAUGAACUCAAACUUUUUAGAAGAAAUCCUUAACAUGGCUGAAGGAGCUGUAAAAAAUUUUUUAAUCACUUUUUCAGUAAAAUCGUCAAACUUGGAACACUCGUCGUCGUUCAAAGAAAUGAGUUUAGCAAUCGAUGAAGCAAUUAAAAAUAGCGAAAUAAAUUACGAGUUCGACGAACUUGCUCUGUCUCCUGCCCAGCAAUCAAUAAUUACCUGUGUUUGGAGAUCCUUGAAAAUACUUUGCGAGUUAGCCGUGGCAAUAGCAAAAAACGAGCAGGCGACGGACUCCACGGUGCGUCGAGCUAUAGAUCUUAUCGUAAUGGUAUCGGUAAAGUGCCGACACAAGGGUGCCAUAGAGUCAGCAGGAGUAGCGAUUGCCAGUUUAACCAGACAUCUCUGCAAAAAACAAAGAAACGUAGAGCUGCUGGAAAAUCACCUCAAGAGGCUUUUGAGCGACAACUUUUCACUGAGCAUCAAUCUAACGCGUAGGGGGGCUGGCCUUACAAUACUCUUUCACAAGAUGGUCGCCAGUGAUAUACGUCCAGACCGUCCACUGCUCCACCUUGCUGUUAACUCAUUGUUGCAGUUCCUGAAAAAAAAGCUAACGUCAACAUUAUCGACAAGUAGCAGAGCAGAUGAGCUCAGCUGUAGGGACAGCUGUAAAUACGACGAGCCGUGCGCCAUGCAGCUUCACUUUCUUAAGAGCCUCGUUGCCGAUCGACAACUUUAUCCUCAGCUCAGUCAGUAUCUCGAGCAGAUUUGCCUCGUUUGCUUCGAGUACAUACCGUCACAAGUCUUCACGAUACGAAACGCGAGUUUCCAGCUCUUCGGUGCAAUAGCAAUGCGGCUGGUCGGCCAAAACACCGGGGCGCGAGAAGUCGACUUUGCCUACGGCUUCUCCAUCAACCACUUCGCGUCGCACUUCCCGCAAUUGGCCGGCUACGUGCUUCUCAGCCUUCAGAAGGCAGCCUGCUCCGACGGCGACUGGCAAAGCACCACCAGCGUCAUCCACAUUCUAGCCCUGCUCUCAAAGAUGUUCUACGCCGGCUGCGAACUCGUCGACGGCGCUGCGCAGACCUACGUCCGGCACAUUCGCAGCUGCCUGUGGCUCUUCCUCGGCAGUCCCGUGGCCUGCGUACGGAGCCUGGCCGCGAGGAGCCUCGCCGCCACCACGGGCCGAUCAGAGCUCGAGUCGAAGAUCAGUCGGCUCGAAAACACUCGGUACCGGCAGCCGGCCGGCUUCAACCGGCUAAACGGCGAGCUCCUCGCGCUCGAGUGCCUGCACGAGCGACUGGCCGAAGAGCUACGGAGCACGAGUGUUAGGCACUCGAAGAGUAAGUCCCCAAGCGAAGUGCGACGUAAUCUCGAACUCAACUCCGAGACUGAGCUCAUGUGGCGGCUCUGGAGCCGCAGGUACACUGUUGAGAGAUCCCGGCUCUGCUACGCCAUCGAAGCCCAACUGCUGAGACUGUCGCGCGAGUUUAAGAUCGUCAUGAGGGAGGAGGCAGCGAUGACAACGAGAACCAAGACUACCGCGGAUGAGGGAUCCAGCAGCGGCCUCUUCGACGUCAAUUUGGUCGAGGAGAGGACAAAGCCGGGCUUCUUCGACUUUGUGGACGAGCUGGUGAAGCUGUUCGUCAACCGCAUUUCCUGCCGGAGCGAGGACCCGGCCUCGAUCAAAUCGAUCCUUGGUGCCGGGUGUGUCGAUCUCGGGGUCAGUUUUACGAGGCACGCGACCAGCCACAGCCGGGGCCUUCUGAUGGCGUGCGUCGACUUCGCCCUGGAGAACUUCGACACGAGCCAUCAGCACCUGCUCGAGGCGAUAAACGCUUACGCCAACGAGUCCAUACGGAGCAUAAUGCGUAGCGGGCUGGCAGAGUUCCAGUACCUCGACAUAUCCAAGCUGAAGAGCUUCGCGUCGAGGCUCGAGGCUACGUUCACCCGGACGUCACAUCUGUCGGAACUACUGGUCUUUGUGCACGUGCUCUCGCUCCGCAACUCUGGGAGCUACGACUUCUUCGAGGACUUGAUAUCAUGCGUCUCCAAGGAGAAAGUCACCCUGGCGAGCUACUUUGGGCAGCCAGAAGCCGUCAGGCAGUUGGUGGCCAAGGCCCUGGAGGUUCUGUUGUACAACUUUGACCGGCUAAACUCCAGGAGUAGGCUCGUGCCGUACUUGGCUUCGCUGGUGCUGUUGAAAGACGAGGUGGACUCCAUCCGAGAAGUCAUCCGUGACAGCGUCGUCGACAACGUGAUCUUGGAGUUGGAGCUGUCGAAGACGAGGGUCAUGGACGAGCUCGUCUGUUACAUUUUGCUGCUCAACGCUGCAUCCGAGAAAACAGUGCUGGGUGCAGAUCUUACGCGCUCCGAGCUCGUUGGCCUUUUCAACAGGUACCUGUCCACGAUUGAGCUUCACUCUGGCGCGAUCGACAUAGAGAAUCCGUUCGACGACGACAAUAUAACUCCUUACAAUGAGGACUCGAAACUCAUUAAUUUCGUAGUGCUUUGCGCGCAACAAAAAGUUUCUAAAGAUAUUCUUGUAGGUUUGGAGGGAAUACUAGCGGGUAUUAGCGAUAUGGUUUUUUAUACCAAGAAUCAAUUGAUUGAAACGAUGAACAUAAAUUUCGACAAUCUUCAGGAUUUCUUGAACAUCAAGUACGAUGUGUACUUGGCUCGUAAGUUGCAAGUCGUGAGUGAAGUCUAUUUGAAAUAA